AUGGCGCCCAACGUGGUAUCAAAGGUCACGAAUCCCACCACGUCAACAAAGGAGCUAGCUCAUAAUAAAAAUUAUGAGCCCAACGUGUCGAAAAAUGGAACACAUACCCACACAACCAAUCAAAUGAUGGCAUCCAAUCUACUACCAAUUAAAUGGGUUGAUAAAGAAUAUUAUAACCUCAAGUAUAAAACCCUAAUACAAAAAUUGAUACCUUACCAAUUAAAAGAACAAGAAGCUCUGCUGAAAGAACAAGUAAAAAGAAACAGUCAAAGAUACAAACUAAUAGGAACAACAUGUGAUGGAAAAUGGUCUGAAAUAGUAAAAACUGCUCUAGCAACUGACUCUAAUAUCCUACAAAUCUUUCUGACUUACCAAGAAAUAAAUAGUCAAUUCAAAAAUGAACAAGAAAAAAGAUACACAAUGUUACAAAACAGAGAACCAAAUAUGACAGAAGACAAUAAUAUAAUAGUAGGCAAUAAGGCAAUUGGGCUAAAAAUGAUAUUACAUAUAACAUUAGGAUUGUAUAUUAAUGGAUCACUAUGGGUAAGUGGUCAGAGGAAUUGGAAAAUAAUAAGAAUAAUAGAAGAACUAGCACGCGCACAAGAAAUGAAUAUAAGAUGGACUAAUCAAUGGAAUAUAGGAAUAUUACUAGAAAACUCAGCUAGCAACAACUGCUACAGUUCAACCAUUUCAGACCUCAUGGAUAUA